GCAUAUGAUUGGGAACGUUGCACCCACUGGAGGGCGGCUUAUGAUUUUUUCGAUAAAAAAAAUCCCAGCUGUCCAAACGAUCCAAGUAUUGAACCAUGUUUGGAACCAGUUUUUUCAUUUCAUGAAGCUGAAAUUGUUUCACGAUUACGUGUUGGAUAUCUUGGUUAUCGAACAGAAACAAUGAAUAAGCUCGCAGAAACAUCGUCGGACCACAAUUCUGAAGUCAAAGAAGUGCUUGACGAUUUGGGAUGGGACAUGAACUAUGAUCUUACGCAUCCAGGUGCAACAAUUAUUGGCUGUUCUCUUAUUGGAAAUAGUAAUCAUACCAGCUCUAUCAACGUUAUUAUUGAUGGCGAUAUGGUGUCUCAAUUUUUACGUUUGUCUCGACAUGAACAGCUUAAAAUUAUUGAGCACAACCCGGAAUUAAUUAAGGCUGGAUCAACUUUUAUUCUUGGGGAUAAAUUUGAGUCGUAUGAAUAUGAGAAACAAAUUAGAGAUACUUUAGAAUAUCAUGAGGAUAUGGAUGAUCAACCCAUGACUCCAGAGAAUGAAGAUGACGAUAUAUAUAUGGAGGACGAGCAUGAUUCUGAUGAUUCUUUAGAGAUGAUCGGAGAAACGAAAUUUUAUAGAGACAAUGUUAGACCGGUCUCUGUAGAAGAAAUAGCGGAGGCCUUGCAACUUGUAUUGUUAGAAUUAAAUAUGCAUGUUUCAUGA